AUGUCGUUCGGCUACGCUCGCGCCCUCGCGCUGCAUCCGCUCCGCCUCACAACUUCUUGGCCCGGGAGUUCAUUGCGACACCAACCUACCUCGCAACCUCUCCGAAAUGAUCCGGCUCGUGCCGUCACACGAAUCCCCAGCGACCUCCGGUCCCAACUUAACACGGAUCACCUUGCGGAUCACCUUGCACGAGUGUAUGAACCCAAAUUGAACCGGACCAACUAUGCGACAACAUUUUCGGUACCAAGCUACGGGCAGGCCGUUUUGGCGAAACAGAGCAUAGCUUCUUUGCUGUACCACGUGUUGUGUGCUUUCACCUCUGGAAAUCGUCUGUUCAAAUCUCCGCUAUUUGAAUUUCCUCCUUCGUGAAAUCAAUGGGUUGCCGCUUGUAAAGUCUAAUCUUCGGAGUUUGAAAGUUUGAAAUGCUCGUUCGGUCAUUUCAGGUCUUUGAGUGAGGCUACAGACAUGCGCAAGUUGCUUUUACAAGCUAAAAGGUGGAUGUAA